AUGGUCGUCCUCAACGCUCGCCUCUCCGCUCUCUGCGCCCUCCUCCUCUCUGCCAUAGCUGAUGCCCAGUCCGCCAGUGAGAUUUCCUCAGCUGUGUCGGCGUCCUCUGUUGUGGCAUCUUCAAGUGAGGCCGUGUCCUCCGUGCUGACCAGUGUUGCAUCCUCCGCACCCGCGUCUGUAUCCUCUGCCAUCCCCAGCGGAGUGAGCACUGCUUCGGCGUCGGCUUACACCGUCAUCUCCGAGACGUCUGUCGCCUCGGCGUCGAGCGCGGUCUCUUCUGCAGUCUCCUCCGACCCCGCCUCCGCAUCUGCGUCCACCCCUGCCUCGGCGUCUACUGCUGCCACGGGCCCUCCUCUUGAAUCCACGCACCUCACGAUACCCCUCUCCAAAUACCCCUUUACCUCCUUCUCGGUACCUUCGGCAUCCCCGAUACCCGGCGUCUUCCCGUCCACCUCGCCCAAGUCUCCUCCCCCUCCGGGGUCGAGUUUGAUUCCCGACUUCGGCCCAGUCUGGAAGGCUGCACAUGCGCGCGCCAAGAAGCUUAUUUCUGGGUGGUCGCUCGAGCAGAAGGUCGCGACCACGACCGGCGUAGGCUGGAUGGGCGGCCGCUGUGUCGGCAACAUUCCAGCCGUCGCAGACUGGCCCGGCCUCUGCCUCGAGGACUCGCCUCUCGGUGUGCGCGAUACCGACUUCGUGACCGCGUUCCCCACUGGCCUGUCAGCUGCUGCCACAUGGCAGCGCGCUCUCAUUCGUGCUCGCGGUCUCGCGAUGGGACAGGAAUUCAAGGGCAAGGGCGCGCACGUUGCGCUCGGCCCGAUGAUGAACAUGGGUCGGAUCGCUCAGGGCGGGCGUAACUGGGAGGGCUUUGGCGCAGAUCCGUUCCUAUCUGGCGAGGCCGCUUAUGAGACCAUCCUCGGACUGCAGGCGGGUGGUGUGCAAGCGUGCGCGAAGCACUACAUUAACAACGAGCAGGAGCACUUCCGUACGCAGGAGUCGUCCAACGUUGACGACCGUACAGAGCACGAGAUUUACUUCCAUCCCUUCCUGCGUUCGGUGCAGGCCGGCGUUGCCAGUGUCAUGUGCAGCUACAACCUCAUCAACGACACUUACGCGUGCGAGAACGACUACACGCUGAACGAGCUCCUGAAAAAGCAGGCCGGCUUCCAAGGCUAUGUCAUGUCUGACUGGGGCGCACAUCACUCUACCCUCGCCGCAGUCGCAGGCUUGGACAUGUCCAUGCCUGGAGACAUCACGUCCCUCUCUGGAACCACGUGGUGGGGCGCGAACCUGACUGCGUUCGUGCAGAACGGCACGAUCGCUGAGUCCCGCGUGGAUGACAUGGCGGAGCGCAUUCUUGCGUCGUGGUAUCUCCUUGACCAGGAUCAGAACUACCCUGAAGUGAGCUUCAACGCGUUCUUCAUGAACGACCCCGCGACCAACGCCCACAUCGAUGUGCAAGCCGAUCACUAUAAGAUCGUCCGUGAGAUUGGUGCGGCUGGUAGCAUUCUACUCAAGAACACAGACUCCGCGCUCCCGCUCAAGAAGCCGCGCAGCAUUGCGCUCAUCGGUAACGACGCUGGCCCGAGCUCGCGUGGUCCCAACGGCUUCACCGACCGCGGCGGCGACGACGGCAUCCUCGCGAUGGGCUGGGGCUCUGGCUCCGCGCAGUUUCCCUACCUCAUCUCGCCACUCGAGGCUAUCCAGGCUCGCGCCCGCAAGGACUCGUCCGGCUCGCAAGUCUCCUGGUUCCUCAACAACUGGGACCUCGCUGGCGCCCAGGCUACCGCGCUCGAUCAAGACGUCGCGCUGGUCUUUGUCAACGCGGACGCUGGCGAGGGCUACAUCACAGUCGACGGAAACGAGGGCGACCGCAAGAACCUUACUCUCUGGGAUAACGCUGAGGCCCUCAUCGAAGCGGUCGCGUCGGUGAACCGGAAUACGGUUGUCGUCGCGCACUCCGUCGGCCCCGCGAUCAUCGAGUCCUGGAUCGAGAACCCGAACAUCACUGCAGUCGUGUGGGCCGGUCUGCCCGGGCAGGAGGCCGGCAACUCGAUCACCGAUGUCCUUUACGGCGACGUCAACCCCUCCGGCCGCCUUCCGUAUACCAUCGCGAAAGACCCUGCCGACUACAGCGCACAGCUCAUCACUGGUGGCACUGGAGAUGACAUCCUGCGCAUCGACUAUACCGAGGGCCUGAACAUCGACUACCGCCACUUCGACGCUAACAACAUUGUCCCGCGCUUCGAGUUCGGCUUCGGGCUCUCCUACACUACCUUCUCGUACGCCGGGUUGCACAUCUCGCCGAUCACCCACGCGGACAGCACGUCCGCCGCGCUCGAGUCCGCCUGGGCCUCAGGCAAGGCCUCUCCCGCCGACGAGGGUGCCGUCACCGCACUCUGGCUGCACCGUCCCGCGUUCGAGGUGACCUUCACCGUCAAGAACACCGGCGCUGUCGCAGGCACCGAAAUCGCGCAGCUCUACUUGCAUUUCCCGAGCAGCGCGGGCGAGCCGCCGAGCGUUCUUCGAGGAUUCGAGGAUAUCCAGGUUCCCGCGCACGGGAGCGCGCAGGGCAAGAUCACGCUCUCGCGCUAUGAUUUGAGCGUGUGGGACGUGGACGCGAAGGGCUGGAGGAAGCCUUCGGGCGUGUUCACGUUCUCGAUCGGUGCCAGCAGUCGAGACUUCCGCCUGAAGGGGACGGUUCCACUUUGAGGGAGGUGUUUGAACUAGGAUAAAAGGGAUUGACGG